UGCCGCGGAGUUGGAGCGGGGCCGGCGCCGCGGCCGCUUCUGCUGGCUGAACUGCUGCCGCCGCCGGGUGGACUGGCGGGCGGACGCGCAAAGCCAGGGCGGGCGCGACGGGGCGCGGCGGGGCGGACCGGCCCCGAUGAGGCGCAAAGAGAAGCGGCUCCUGCAGGCGGUGGCGCUGGCUCUGGCGGCCCUGGUCCUCCUGCCCAACGUGGGGCUCUGGGCUCUGUACCGCGAGCGGCAGCCCGACGGUAGCCCUGGGGGGUCGGGGUUGGCAGCGGCCCCCGUGGCGGUACAGGACUCAAACAGUCGACCAAAAAAGACGUUUUUCUUGGGAGAUGAGCAAAAGCUGAAGGACUGGCACGACAAGGAGGCCAUCAGGAGGGACGCGCAGCGCGUAGGAAAUGGAGAACAGGGGAAGCCUUACCCCAUGACCGAUGCCGAGAGAGUGGACCAGGCAUACCGAGAAAAUGGAUUUAACAUCUACGUCAGUGAUAAAAUCUCCCUGAAUCGCUCUCUCCCCGAUAUCCGGCACCCAAACUGCAACAGCAAGCACUACCUGGAGACACUCCCCAACACCAGCAUCAUCAUCCCUUUCCACAACGAAGGCUGGUCCUCACUGCUCCGCACUGUUCACAGUGUGCUCAACCGCUCACCCCCAGAACUGGUGGCGGAGAUCGUGUUGGUCGAUGACUUCAGUGAUCGAGAGCACCUGAAGAAGCCACUGGAGGACUACAUGGCCCUUUUCCCCAGUGUGAGGAUUCUCCGGACCAAAAAACGAGAAGGCCUGAUAAGGACCCGCAUGCUGGGGGCUUCAGCCGCUAUCGGAGACGUCAUCACAUUCUUAGACUCGCACUGUGAAGCCAAUGUCAACUGGCUCCCCCCUUUGCUCGACCGCAUUGCUCGGAACCGAAAGACCAUCGUGUGUCCAAUGAUUGACGUCAUCGACCAUGAUGACUUCCGGUAUGAGACACAGGCUGGGGACGCCAUGCGAGGUGCCUUCGACUGGGAGAUGUAUUACAAGCGAAUCCCCAUCCCUCCAGAGCUGCAGAAGGCUGACCCCAGUGACCCAUUUGAGUCUCCUGUGAUGGCUGGAGGGCUGUUUGCUGUGGACCGGAAGUGGUUCUGGGAAUUGGGCGGAUAUGACCCUGGCUUGGAGAUCUGGGGAGGGGAGCAGUAUGAGAUCUCCUUCAAGGUGUGGAUGUGUGGGGGCCGUAUGGAGGACAUCCCCUGCUCCAGGGUGGGCCACAUCUACAGGAAGUAUGUGCCCUACAAGGUCCCUGCUGGAGUCAGCCUGGCCCGGAACCUGAAGCGAGUGGCAGAGGUGUGGAUGGAUGAGUACGCAGAAUACAUAUACCAGCGCAGACCAGAGUACCGCCACCUCUCAUCUGGGGAUGUCGUGGCUCAGAAAAAGCUCCGAGUGUCCCUCAACUGCAAGAGUUUCAAGUGGUUCAUGACCAAGAUUGCCUGGGACCUGCCCAAGUUCUAUCCACCUGUAGAGCCCCCAGCUGCAGCGUGGGGGGAGAUUCGCAAUGUAGGCACAGGACUGUGCACAGACACAAAGCUCGGCACGUUGGGCUCACCACUGAGGCUCGAGACCUGUAUUCGGGGCCGUGGGGAGGCUGCCUGGAACAGCAUGCAGGUGUUCACGUUCACCUGGAAGGAGGACAUCCGGCCUGGAGACCCUCAGCACACCAAGAAGCUCUGCUUCGACGCUGUCUCCCACACUAGCCCAGUCACCCUCUACGACUGCCACAGCAUGAAGGGCAACCAGCUGUGGAAGUACCGAAAGGACAAGACCCUGUACCACCCUGUGAGUGGCAGCUGCAUGGACUGCAGUGAAAGUGACCACAGGAUCUUCAUGAACACCUGCAACCCCUCCUCCCUCACCCAGCAGUGGCUCUUCGAACAUACCAACUCUACUGUCUUAGAAAAGUUCAACAGAAACUGAAUCCUCAGACCUCCUUAACAAGCCCCUCAGGUUGCUAUGGAGCUUGCAAACCUUCCUCCUGUGGGAGAAGGGGACCUGUGGGCACCAAGGUGCUGAGCCAAAUGGCUUGGGACAGAGGUCCUUGAAGCACUUGUGUGGAGGGGCCAGAGGAAGAACAGAUGGCACAAACAGCUCUACAGGAAGGCAGAGCUCCUCAGCUAUCAACAUGUCCCCUAAGUGUUUGGAAUACCUGGGUAGCCUCAGGCCAGAAAAUUAGUCCUGGGAGGUUGCCCAGUCCUCGGGCUGCUCCCAGACAUGACAGCGCCCUAGAAAGAAAGGCGGAAUCGGCCUUCGGGCAGCUUUUAAGCCUAUGUGCCAGCCACUGGCAAGGCAGUUUGCCUGUGCUGGGGGUCACUGCCAAUCCUGCCCAGCUUCUGUGUUGGUGCAGGACAGUGAGAGCCCACUGCGACCUCAGAGUGUUCCAUAACUAGCCCUGGCCAGCAGUUAGGUGUAAAGGAUGCCCCCCCCCCCGGCUUUCUGGGUAUUUCAGAUACCCAUUCUAGCUUCAGGGCUGUCUGGGCACUAGGUAGGAUUUGGGGGCUAGUUCAGCCCCAGACCUCCAGACUGAAGAGCUUCCAGCCCAUGCUUCCAAAGCCCUUUCUCUGUGUCUCUCCUUGGCAGCUCCUUGCCUCAGAGAGAAAAGGGUGCUCCCCUCCAGAGUCCCAUGGGGGCAGCAUCCCCCAGAUAAUGACCGUUGUGAUUCUAAACUCACAGAACCCUGGAGUUUCUUAAAAGUGCUGUGGUUCUGUCAAAAGCCAAGGUGAACCAUGGGGUGUGUGAGCAUACAAUGCAAUCAGCCAAGGGUCAGGCAACCACUGACCCAAGCCCACAUAUGACCCUAGCGAUGGAAGCUGCAGCCUUGUUAACCAUGAGGACCUCAUGAGCUGUUAUCCCCUACCAGAUCACCCCACCCCCGUGUUAGGACCCCAGGGGGCCUCAAACAAAAACUCACCCUCUAAGGAUUGGGUCACUUGAUCAUGUUACCUACCAGUGAAGUAACUGAUACGUGGUUCUGGGGACAGAGCUCUGCCAUAGAGAAUCUGGUACUGAGGUCAGCAAGCCCCCAGGUUGGCCAAGUGGCUGGCGUAGAGCCACCUCCAUGCAGCCCUGUGCUGUCCCUGCUCACUUGUGGAUUCCUAGUGUCCUUUUCCAUAUGAACAUUCUACCUUACAAAUGGCCAGCUAGGAAGGUAUCAAAACGGGGCAGAUGGGUGUCUAGAAUCCAGUGGGGAUGUGGGUUGCAACCAAGGGGAGUCAAGUCCUCAGAGAGCAAUGCGGCCUCAUUACAAUAAAAACUGUGCCUUUUACAAAGAGAAAAUGCAACCGAGCAGCCGAUUCCCUAAACUUGAACCACUUGCUAGUGCCUUGCUAGACAAACAAACAGGGGCGGGUGGAGGAGGGGCGCUUGUGCAGGUCCCGUGGUCUGAGUGCGUGUCUUUAUGUCUGACUCAAGCAGGAGGUGCUAGGCUUAAAGCAGAACCUGAGAUCCAGAGGCCUGAAACGGGGGCAACUCCUACCAGUGCAGGAGCCCUCCCAGGGACAGGAUGGCCUGCAAGUUCUAGGAACCUGGCAGCCCUGUGUAGGGGGAAUGCCAGCCCCGAGAAGUGCUCUGCCUGUCCCUCACUAUGACCAGCUGGAUUUCCACGUGAUGUCAAGCCAAGCAGAUGGUUAAGGCAGGGGCAGCCACAAGCCAUCCUCAGCCUCACUCGCUCGCCCACUCCCUCACUUCAUUCAUUCAUUCUCAUCUGGUUCAUCUCUCUUCUCAGGCGGCCACUUCCUCUGAGCUCACCUCGGCAUUUGUGACCGCUGGACUCUGUCUGAUCUUAGGGCGUAAGACUUGAGGAGGAUAUGUCACAGGAAGGACCAGGUUGGUUUUGGUGGCUGGCUGCAAAUGCUUGAUUUCCACCUUGUUUUGAUGUCAGGUGUGGACAGCCUUAUCUCAAAGAGUCAGGUUUCCACUCAGCUGGUAGUCCACACAGGCACAAGGACCUGUGGACAUGCCACUGGCCAAGUGACAGGCCAGGCAGCUGGCCCCUUUUCCCCCAACACUUCAUUCAGAGGCCUAGAUCACAAAACAAGAUGAGGUUGGAAAGGCAGCCUCCCCCACAACCCCUCCACCCAGAAGAUUCCAGAAGCAUUUUUGGAAUGUGAAGUGUCCUUGCUGUGAGGCUAAGGCCUCUGUGUGGCAAGCUGUCUUACCCUCUCCUGCCAACUGGAACUUCUGGCUUUGAAAGCAGCCGGGAAUGAUAGGUCUUCUCUUGAGGCAGCAGGCGGGCUAGUGGCUCUCCAAACUCAGCAUCAUGGUACCUCUUCAGACCUUCCUGUCACUCUUGUUCCUGUGCAUAGAUGAGAAGCACAGUCUCUUGGCUUUGGCAGUCUUCCAGAUUAGGCAGAAUACAUUCAGUGCCCAGGAGGCAUUGUGUUUGUAGUUUUCUAAAGACAGAGUGAAGGGGACAAAGUCAGAGCCCUGCUACCAACAUUGGGUGAGAGUGGUCCCAGGUUUAAAGAUUUUUAACAUGUUCCACUCUGCUCUGUGACUGGCUAGAAGACCCGGUCCCCAGGGGAGGGACUGCAAGCAGGGAAGCUGGGAAAUGAGACAGGGAUUCCAUGGGGAAAGCCCAAAACUGCUCAUCCCUCCUGCCUAGAAGAGUGAGCCUUGUGAAGGACAACUUACCAUGUUCAGUUGUGACUGUGAUUUUCAAUAAACCUCCAGACUUUCUUGAAAA